AUGAAAUUCUUCCAUAAAACAGCCACGACUAGGAAGAAAUUCCAGAAGAUUGAGAAGUUACGUGAUGAGGACGGUACUGAAGUUAGUAAUCAGGAAGGAUUGUGUAACAUUGCUCAGGCUUAUUUUGAGAAGUUGUUUGAGGUUAAACAAGAGGUUUAUGAGGUUCUGAGUUGUAUUCCUCAGGUGAUUUCUUCUAUUGAUAAUCACAGUCUUACUGCGCCCGUUACUAAAAUGGAGCUUUAUGAGGCUCUCCUUCAGAUGCAUCCUGAUAAAUCUUCGGGUUUAGAUGGGUUUAACCUGACGGUUUACCAAAUUUUUUGGGAGUUGUGUGGAGAUGUGUUUACCGUUGUUUUUGAUAAACAACCGCUGAUUUCUAAAAGGGAGUGGUGGAAACAUUAUUAUGACGAAGAGUUCUUCGAUGAGAAGGACUUCGCCCACCACCUACGCGAGGCAUUUAAGCUGGUUCUCGACAGGGUCAAGAAAGCUGUCAAGAGAACCACCUCGAAGAAGACCGCUGAGAGUAUAAAAGGGGGAGAUUCCACUGUCAACCCCUCUCCCAAGAAACCUACCCCCAAAAAACGGAAGGUUCAGAAGAUCCAAAUCUCUAGCAGUGAAGAAGAGGAGUCUCCUCCUGUUCCUUUGCAGAGACGAAGAUUAAAGAAACCAGUUCCUGCCGUCGAACCUCGUCCCAAGAUCAGGAUUAAGACUACAGCUGCGAGGCCUCCUCCUGUAAUUAUCCAAGAGCCUACUGAACGGGAAGUGGCUGCUAGGCUGAACAAUCCUAGCGAGAGUGAUAACUCCAGUCCUGGUGCUGAAAUCUUAGUCCAGGACACUGCUGGCACUUCUAUUCGAGUUCCUACUCCCGUUGACGGCUCUGCUACUUUAUUGAAUAGCAAAGGAGAGCUUACUUAUAGGACUUCUUCAACGAAAGGCUCUUUCAUGAGCUCAGCUGACGAAGUAAACCAAGCUUCUAAACCUCAGCACGAAACCAUAGCAGAAGUUAAUGAAGAAGAAGAAGAAGCUGUAGGGAGUCACGAAGAGACUAGGACUCCGUUGGUUGAUGUGCAAGAGAAUGAAGAGGAAAGUAUUCCUGUUGCUGAGACUGUGACAGCAAGAGAGGUUGAAGGGGUCUCAGGAGCUGAUGGCGGAGACAGUUCUACUGAAGGAAACCAGAAUCCUCCAGGUACUGAAACGAUUCCAGAGCAAGUGGCCAACAUGGUUGUUACUGCCAACGAAAGUGUCCCUUCGACGGGAUCCAGAACCAAGGAGGACUUGGCCUUGCUGAAACAGCAAAAUCCGUUAGGUAUCUGA